GUGAGCAGCACGUUUAUGCCAAUAUAUUUAUAGUCUGAGAUCGCGAUUGAUACUGCCAACUUACAAAAAAAAAACACGAUUGAUACUGGCAAUUUGCAAAAACUGUUCGAUGUUUAAAAAUUUAAAAAUGCAAUCUGUCACGUAAAAUGGAGCGAAAAUUCAGUGGUGUGAACUGAUAACUUUAUAAUAAGGUGCGUUGUUUACAAACUUUUAAUGAAAAAUGGGGUGUGUAGAAAAUAUUAUGAUGGUCAUAGCACUGACGGUGUUUUUGGCUGUGACGUCAGCGCACGAGAUCAGUCAGCUGCAGGUGCCGCUGUACGCGGACCCGCGGCGCGAGGCCGAGCUGAGCUGCCACUUCCGCAUGGACGACCAGCGCCUGCACUCCGUCAAGUUCUACCGCGACAUGUACGAGAUAUUCCGAUACAACCCCUCGCAGACGCCGCCGAUUCGUCUGUUCAACGUGUCAGGAGUGGCGGUACAGGGCGGCGAGUGCCUGGCGGCGUCGUGCGCGGUGCGCAUCAUGCCGCCGCCACUGGCCGGCCGCGCCGCCUACAGCUGUGAGGUCUCCACAGAGGGACCCAAGUUCAAGAUCGCGCGACAGACCAAGCACAUGACUGUUGUCGCGAUGCCAGAAAAGGAUCCAGAGAUCACGGGAGCACCUAAGCUGGUGUCACCGGGCGAGCAGGUGGUGCUCAAUUGCACCUCCGCACCCUCGCUACCACCUGCUGAAAUCAACUGGUAUGUUGAUGAGGAGCAGCAAAAGACAGAGCAGUGGCAGAACACGGAACUAAGUGAGCCCACGUCUACUGGUCUUCAAUCUUCAUGGCGCGUCCUCAAGCUAGUGGUGCCUACCACUGCAAGUGGUAUACUCCGAGUGCGAUGCGAGUCUCUUCUGGUGGUGGAGCCCCCGGUGGUCAGAGAUACCAUCACCACCAUAACCGUGCACGCUAGGACGCAGCUAUCCAAGUAUGUCUCCAAUGGAGGUAAUCAACAAUACCUGCAAGAAAUAAUUUUUAAUUUGUAUGUGUUUUGGACUUUCAAAGUUACACUAAAAUUUUUAUUGAACUUAUGAGGUGAAUUUUGUAUUUAGUGUAAAAAGUACAAUGAAA